CUGAUGGACAUAUGGACAUACAGACUCAUACCUGAAACAGAAAACUAAUAAAUACAGUAAUAUUCCCUCCUCACUUCGGAAACUAGGCUUCCACACAGACGCUCACUCACACACAUCAACACAUCUCCGCAUGAGAAGCGUUAAAGAUGAAAGAUGCAACAUAACGCCAGCAGGGGUCCCUCAUACUUUAUAAAAUAAAUAACAAACAGUUAAUUCUGCCGAAAUACAUAACCCACGGAACAGCUAAUGCUAUUUUUGAGUGCAUAUGUUGCUAAGGGUGUUGCUCAGUGAUACACAGAAGCGUUGGGUGAAGCGUCAUAGCCGUGCUAAACACAGCUGCUGACCAAUCAGAAUCGAGGAAUGGAACUAACCGUCUUAUAUGAUAAAAACGGCUGAAUCAAGAAAUUAAAAGCAAAACAUGAACGUUAUGAUGUGCUUAUAGUUAAACACAUCAAAGCCCCUCCCCCUGGAUUCUGGACUGAGAGGUGUAUGCGGAUCCUCCGAUGGCUGUUUUUAACACUGAAAACAUUCGUGCUGCAGUUUGGAUUGCCCUCAAGAGGCUUGAUCUCAAUGAUACUAGCUCAUUCUUUCAGGCUUGACACUUCUCAGACAAUUCUUAAGAUUCGAAACAAUCGAGGAUGCCUAAUUCCAUUAAAUUCCUGCAUGCCACCAAACAGCAAGCAAAUGCCGUACGUCCUUGAAGUGGCCAAAAACUACCAGCACGUCAAUCCAAGACCCAGAAGUAUUCCCAUGACUGUUAUUAAUAAAACCCUGAAGUCGAGGCUACUGAGCAUCGUGAAAAGGAUCGAAAGAUUAGAAGAACUGUUUCCUCAAAUCAAGCUAAAACACCGUGAAAGGUUGACAAAGGAUAUUGAGUUACUGAAUCAAAAGCUGGUAUUUCUUCACAAACGAAUGCAGAUGGCUGAGUCGUAUUGCUGGGAGGGCACGUUGAGAAGAGCUCCACUGUGGUGAAUGAUGCUCACGGUUCAGGAAGUCUGGUUGAACUGUUGCCUUUCACCGACUAACAUGACCAAUAACAUCUUAGAGAGUAGAAUCAGGCUGUUCAGUUUUUGUUUUGUAUCUAAUCUGAAUGACCUUUCUGGAGCUGUAUAAAUGACUCAAUAAAUCAUGCAUUCUGUGUAGUCAGAUUUAAAAUGCAUGAAUGUGAUUUCAUUAUAUAUGUGACCCUGGAGCACAAAACCAGUCUUAAGUCGCUGGGGUAUAUUUAUAGCAAUAGACAAAAAUACAUUGUAUGGGUCAAAAUGAUUGAUUUUUCUUUUAUGCCAAAAAUCAUUAGGAUAUUAAGUAAAGAUCAUGUUCCAUGAAGAUAUUUUGUAAAUUUCCUACCGUAAAUAUAUCAAAACUUA